UCCCAUUUCACAAGAUCGUCAGCCCCGCGUUGCAGAAAAUAUAGCAUCACUUGACAUGGCAUCCCAAGCCGUCGAGAGCCACCGUGCCGGCGCGGAGGUAUUCCACGGCGACGACGCCAUGUGCAAGAAGAAGUCGGUGGAGGUGCUGGAGGAGCUGGGCCUCCCGACGGGCCUGCUGCCCCUGGAGGACAUGGAGGAGUUCGGGUACAACCGCGCGGCCGGCUUCAUGUGGCUCGUGCAGAGGAAGAAGACGGAGCACACGUUCAAGAAGGUGAAGCAGACCGUGUCGUACGCCGGCGAGGUGACGGCCUUCGUCGAGCCGGGAAAGCUGAGGAAGAUCACCGGCGUGAAGACCAAGGAGCUGUUUCUGUGGCUCAGCGUGGUGGAGGUGUAUGUUGUUGAGGGCCUGGCCCCUGGCAAGGUCACCUUCAAGACCGGCACUGGUCUCUCCGACACCUUUGAUGCAGCUGCUUUUGCCCUUGGAGAAUGAGUAGUAAUUCUUGUGCUAUUUGUAGUUGCACAAGUUUGUUUGUGCCAGAUAUAUAUAAACCCUUGCGAUGCUUGUAAGUUGUCCUUAUUGUUCCUUGCCUGAAUGAAUAAAAGUGUCC